UUGCGGGCCAUGUAUCGUGAGUUCUAUUCACUCUUGCAAAAUACCGGAUUUGGAUGGAACGCAGAAACAAACACAGUUACUGCAAGUGAAGAGGUCUGGAGAAAUUAUCUUAAGGUACAUGAUAAAGCUUCUCAAUUUCAAAAGAAAGGGUGUGAUCAUUAUAAGUUGUUGGAAAUCAUAUUCAACAAAAAUAAUGCAACUGGAGUACUUCAUCAUUCAUCUACUCAAGACCCUCCAAAUACAUAUGAAGAAAAUGAGCUUGACAAUCAAUACCUUAACAAUGGGAGUGCGAGUCAUGUAUGUGUUAAUGGUGAUAGUUCAGACGAUGAUCUACAUGAAGUUGAGCACAUCACACGUAGUGGAAAGAUACAAGUUCAAGUACGAUCCAAGAAAUAGUCUAC